UUGACAGUAAAGAAAAUCGCACUAAUCGAUUAGUAGAAAAUAAAAAUACAUAUUUUUCUGUGCGUUAAAAUUGAUAUUAUGCUUUCAUAAAGUUAAUUAUUAAUAUUUCUGCAAUAAAAUACGUGCGUAUUUGUUUGUAUAGUUAGUUGGCUUAAAAUGGCUCAUAGAGAGGAUGAAGACUCAUUUCGGGAAGACGACGUAUACAUCAACCAAGAAGAUGGAAUGCCUAACGUUCACCCCAAUAUAGCAAAUUUAGAACAAGAGAGCGAUGUGCAAGAUGAAGUCGACGAUUUCGAUGACUUGCCUAAGUCUGUCAUCGUCACAAACAUACACAGUGAAGUAUUUGCGGAUGAAAAAUUAAAAAAAGGAAUGGAAGACUUAUUCCGCACAUUUUCAGAUAAUAUAACAUUUCAAUGGCUGCGUAGUUUUAAACGUUUGCGCGUCAACUACGACAGUCCUCUGGCUGCUGCUAAUGCUCGCGUUCAACUGCAUCAGUACCAGUUUCAUAAUUCGCCAAUCAACUGUUACUUUGCACAACCUGUGACGCCUGUUUCACUCAAGAACCUGAGACCGCCGGCUCCUGUAAAGCAGUUCCUGAUCUCACCACCAUCCAGUCCUCCGGUUGGCUGGGAACCUCGUGAAGAAAAUGAACCAUUAGUGAACCAUGAUCUGUUAGCGGCACUGGCCAGCCUGGCUCCUGGAGAGAGUCAUGAACUACAUGCUCCUACUCCCACUCAGCCUGCUAUUGUUGUGCACACUGCGAUGACAUCAGAUCAAAGCCCACUUGUAGCUAAGAUACCUCAUACUCGUUGUCCGGAUUAUUGAUACAAAUGCCUUUUGAAUUAAAUUUAGUGACUAUGAAUUAGAUUAGUAGUAAAAAUGAAUGCUUUCUAUUCAAUUUGUGCAUGUCAAUUUUUAUGACAUGUAAAGCCAAGACAUUAAAGGUGUCUGAAGUUGGCAACUUUUUGAAAGCUCUAGAAAAGUGAGCUUAUGAAAUUCAUUAACAAUAUUAGUCUAGGUUUGCUUCUUGAGAUGGAUAUUAAUUUUACAGAAAUUACACAAAAUUAAAUUGGUGCUAUGUUUUAUCAAACUAAAUUUUAAAAUUGCUUAUUUAACACUUAAGUUACACUAUUAUUUAUGCAACAUGCUUUAAAUAGUAGUGUUUACCAUGGCUAUUUCAUUACUAGCAAUUAUUAUGAAAACAAAGUAUGGACAAUAGCUAAAAACAUAUCAGAAAAGCGAGCCUUUCAAAGAAUACUAACACCAUAAGUAUAAGGUGGUUGCUCAGUAAUUUUUCUUUUUUAAAUUAUUAAGAGGUUUAUUUCGUCAUCUACAAGAUAUCAGUAAUUUUCAGUAUUCAAUAAAUGUCUAAAAUCUUAAGUGUUAUGCUAAUAUGUAUUUCAUUAAUGUGUCAAAAUUGUAUUUUUUUAUUAUUAAAUAAUAAUUGUCAUGGCAUACCAAUUUCAUGUUGUACUUUAGGCUGACUUGCAAGGCCAAUAACUAUAGGGAACAUUAUCAUCAAAGAUUCAUUAGAAAAAAUUAAGCCAUUGUCACAUAUACUUAUAGAACUUGAACAAGAAAAUAAAUAAAACUUUGUUUAGAAAUUAUGUUACAAUGUGGGUAAAUUAAAAAAAUAUUUUAUUUGGGCCUAGAUUUUUGUGCACUUGUCUAGCCCUCCACGCCACUCAAGCAAUGAUGAUGAUGCAGAUCAAGUAUUCAGCUCCAUCACAUAAACCUGACUUAUUGAGAAAAGUACCUAAGUACAGCAGUUUGAAUCACACUCGAUAUUAGAUUGAAUAAAACCAAAUAUUAAAACUAAUUAUUAUUAAAUAAAAAACUGAAUUCGACUUUAGUAAAAUAACUAACAAACUUUGUAUGUGUCCAUUGGUUAUUUUUCUUGCAAGCCAGCCUUUUUUACUAAACAUACUCUCUUUUAAAUGGACAAAUUUAUCUUUUUUUGUUAAUUUGGUUAGUGGAAUUAUUUUUACUUAUGUAUUUUGUUUUCGAAAUUAUUAAGUAAGGCCACCUAUGGGUAUUUGUUCUCAAUUAAGGUAAUCAAUGUGUUUGUCUAUUUAUUGCUAUUUAAGCACUGUUUUUUUUUUUUAUAUAUAUUUAUUUAUUGCUGAUAAUCUCAUAGCAUAUGCCUUAAUCUCUUAAUUCAUUUUAAGUAAUUCUUAGUUACCAUCUACUUAAUUCAAACCUUGGCUUCAAUUUUACUAUAGAUUAAUUAUAAAAAGUUUGUAGCAUUAGAAUUUUGUGAUAAUAUGUCUAAAUAAAUGUUAAAUUUGUUGUUCAAUGGUGGGUACAUACUACAUUUGUUUAAAAAUAUUUGAAUGGUUCAAUACAGUAUGCUUUUGAUUUUCAGUAUUUAAUUGAUAGGCUUAAGAAGAUAAUAACAAUAGCAGAAACUAUACAUCUCCAAAACUGACAUAGUAAUACACGUGAAUUGGGUAAUGGUUAAUACACAGUAAAAACUCACAAAAAUAAAAUUGAACCAUUCAAAUACAAUAUACUGCAUUGAAAUUCAGAGAAAAAACGUUCACAUCAACGUUUAAUAUGUACCUAUUUAUAGAAUUAAUAUUGUUGUAGUUUUUAUAAACAUUUUACAAGUAGAAACUUGGCAGGCUUGACGGAAGCUGUAUCGAUAAUGAUACAAUUGUAAAAACUUAAAAGUUCCUUUGUUAUUUUUAGAUCUAUUUAUUUGAAUGAAAAUUUUGAAAUGGGCACAGCACAGGCACUUUUUGCGCGAGCCACAUUAUAUUAGAGAGUUGAAUUUAAAUGAACCAACUUAGCAUUUUCUAGUUUUACGUAUGUACUUACCCAAGCGGAGGUAUGUGAGGCAAUUAGUACUAGUAGAAGCUACAACACGUAGUAUUUUGUUUUCACUCAACAGACUACAUUUGUAUCGGCAUUGUUGUGAUUCGCCAUGUUGGCUCAGAUUGAUAUUUAGCGAGUUUGUUCGAAAUCGGACCACGUGGAAGAAUUAAUGAGAUUUUCGAUAUUUUUAUGAAUAUUAUAAUUAGCUCUCAAACAAACAAGUCUCGUUGAAAUUUAUACAUUUCUUGCUCUAUUUCUGAACAAAAAAUAUCUAUCUGUUUUCUUGAAAGUUCUCUGCAGUUAUUAUGACUUGUACUAACUAUGGAAUCUGGAACAGUGUCUUUGGUGUUUUCUCACACUAUCAAAUUAUAUUUUCGUAAGAUUUAUCAUACAUAAGUACCUACCUACUUAUAAAUCUAGAGCUUCUAGUCUAGUGCAUAGUAUUUUGAAGAAAAGAGUUAUCUCCCUAUUUAUCAAAAAGAUAAAUAAAAAACAUUGAGUCACUAAAUUUAUCUAUUGUUCUAUUAUGAAUUGACAUGAAAAACGUCUGUUAAAGUUCAAGUUUCCAUCGUAUUAUAUAUUACCACACAUUGUUUACUUAACGCCUAAAAUAUUAUCUUUGCAAUUUCUUCAUAUUGUAUUGCAUUUGUCUGUUAAGUUAUAAGACUGUAUUUCAGAACAAUACUUAGUGGCUCUGUUGUAUUAUAAUUGCCUACAUUAUGAUAUUGACUGAAAAUACGAAUUAAUAUUAGAUUGACUGUUUGGGUAGUCAUCUGCUUUUAAUCUCGUAUUUGUUUGUAAAUGAUUUCAGAAUGACCAAUCUUCAAUUUCGAUUCUUCUUUAUAAUUUUCAAAAAAAUAAUGGUACCUUCAUAAUUAAAUAAGCUAAGCACUGCAGAACAAAAUGUAUGGAAUGCAAAGUCGAUUAGGAACUUUUUAGGAAACCCCUAUGUCAUCAAUGUAGAUCUUUAUCGUUAUUGUAGUCCCAGACAUUCUGUUCUGUGUAACUUUAUAAAAAUGACUGCAAAGUGCAAUUUGUGCAAACCUAAAUGUAAAUAGAAAGUAUUUAAAGUCGCACCAGAUCUCACAAACUAUCCAAAGAAAGUAUUCAAAAUUAACUUAGAAGGGAUAUUUUUAUGAGAUCCGGCCUCUAGCUAGUCAGUUAAUUCGAAGAGCCACUAUCGGCGUAAAUCGUACUUAUUGUACUUACUCUUAAUGUUCUAUGUGUGGUCGAAACCCUUCCUUGUACAGAAAUGUUCAGUGUAAAGGGCUUUUGCCCUGUUGUGGGUCAUCAAUGUUCAACUAUGCUUAUCUUCUAUAUGUUCAUUGUCCAUACAUCGAUGUAUCAUCUAUUGAUGUUUUUAAUCUCACUGUGAUUUUCGUUAUUGUUUGGUGUAAAUAUAAAAUUAUAAUGAGUUUAAA